UCCCUGGUCAGGGAACUAAGAUCCUGCAAGCCAUGCAGUGAGGCUGGGAAAAAAAAAAAAAAAAGUAUCCCUUGGGGAAUUGGCCCACCCCUAAAUAUUCCAAAUAUAGUCUAAGUACAUCAGGGAGCUUCUUAGAGAUGGAGCUCCCCCUUAAGUUCCCACAGAACUGUGCUAGCAGAACCAUUCACAGCUCUCUGACGCAGGCAAAGUGAGAGUGCCCCUUGUCCUUGGAGAUGGGUUGAGCAAAGGAUUUCUCUCUCAUGUCAUCAGGAACUCCCACAAGUGCUGUGCCAGAUCACGUAUUACACCAGGACGGGCGAAGUUAUGUAAGGAAGGAAGCCCUCUGGCUGUGUGAUCUUGGGUUAGAUACUUCAUCUCUGGGCUCAUGUCUCCAUCUGUAGACUGGGUAAUUGACUGGUCCUCAACACUGAUGAUAUUUAUCAAAGGCCUUUUCUCCAUCUAAUGUUUGUCCCCUUAUGUACACAUGCACUCCAGUCACUACCACAUCACCCAGUUUUAUUAAGUUUGGUAGAAGGGUUUUUGUUAGAGUAAACGUGUUCUGGAGAGGAGCUGGGAUAGCCCCUUAAAACGACCUAGCCUGCCUGGGAGCCAAGACUUGGUUCUGCGGACUCCCACCAUUAACUUGCCACCGUUAACUUGCCAGGCGCACUUGGUCAGAAGAGUUCCAGUCUGAUCGUCUGGGUUUGUGGCCCCCUCCUACUCCACUCUCCAAGGCAGGCUGGGGCCACGUGGCCCUGCCCCGCCCUUGCUGGCUCCAGUUUCUGAGCCAGUUGCAGUGGCCUGCUUUCCCCGCCCUUCCCACCAGUCGGGAAGCCUGGAUUGUGGGCUGGGGGAAGCCACAGCUCUUCCCACCUGGCACCCACUGCCCCCAGCUCCUAGGUACCUGUUCCAAGCCCUAGAAAACUGCAUCCUGGUAUGUGAACAGGAAUCAGACCAGAACUAACACAUUCAAAUGUAUUAGUCCUCAGAGUCACCUGGGGGACUGGACACUUAAUCUCAAGGCUCUGCCAGCCCACCAAUGAUGAAGAAACUGAGGUGCAGGGAGGACUCCUAGCUUCCCACAGUCACUCAGGCGUGAUGAGGCAAUGCAGAGGACACGCCCGACCCUGCGUAGGUUGCUGUCACCUCGUGUGCCCUGCCUCGUCUCCCGAGAGGCCCUACCCUGCGCUCCGGCCUCUGCCGAGCCCCGGUCCCACCGGAUUCAAGAGUCUGCGGGCUGCCCUGCGCUGCCAGGGCUGUCCCUGCUCUCGUGCAAGAUAAUCCAAGCAGCCACCAGCCCGUCAGGCAGCUGUGGAGCGAGCGAGCUCCUGGCCCCUUCCCCGCUCCUGCUCUGAGAGCAGGGACCAACUAGAGGAUGCCUCCAGGCUGUCAUCUCUGCGGGCCAUGCAGGACAUCCAUGAGCAUUUACGAUGGGCCAGUCACAGGAGAUUGGGCAGAGAACAAAAGGAAGUCCUGCUCUCAUGGAGCUUACAUUUGUUGCAGUUGGCAUCACCAACUAGAUCUCCAGUCCUCACAAGAACUCUGCCCAGCAGGGUCUCAACGCUCAGCCCUUGCAUCUCCUGGAGCCUCGUUCUCUGCAUCUGCGAAACGGAGCUGGUGGUGGCUGGGCAGCCAGAGCACACACACUGACCCAGGAGGUCGCAAGCUGCGGCCAGUCUGCGCGCCCCACGAAGGGUUCCUGAGUGCAGCAGAGACCGCCCACCAGGCCACACGCGCGCCGGCAGUUCCCUUCUGUGUGCAAUGAAGAGCCAGAUUUCACACUGAGCAGCUGCAGACAGAGAAAUCAGAGAAAGCACAACCCAGCCUCAGAUUCCGAGGGGCCUGCUGGGGACUCUCUCCUCCUGCUUGGAAGGAAGACCCCGAGGCAGCCGUUUCAGGCCAGGUCUUGGCUGCCAUGGGACUCACAGCCACCGCCCCCCGGCUGCCCUCUGCACAGCCAGGCAGAUAAGGGUGAGCCCUGCCCAGGAGCACCUGCCACCUCCUGCUGGGCCACUCCUCCGUGGCUAGUCCUUCCUCGACUUUGGGCCACCUUUGCUGACCCGAGGCCAUGUAGGCCCCAGUCAGGCCUCUGUGGAUAGACACAUUGCUGGGGACACCACCUCUGCUCUCUGGGAGACCCAGCACACCACCAUGCCCCAGGGAUUCGCCUGGCUGCGCUAUCUCGGGAUCCUCCUGGGCAUGGCCUUGGGGAACGAGGGUUUGGAGGUGUGGCCCUUAACCCGGAGCGAGGAGUGUGCCAUCACUGGCUUUCUGCGGGACAAGCUGCAGUACCGGAACCGCCUUCAGUACAUGAAACACUACUUCCCCAUCAACUACAGGGUCAGUGUGCCUUAUGAGGGGGUGCUCCGAAUGGCCAACGUCACCAGGCUGCAGAGGGCCCGGGUGAGCCAACAGGAGCUGCGGUAUCUGUGGGUCUUGGUGAGUCUCAGUGCUACUGAGUGGGUGCAGGAGGUGCUGCUCGAGGGCCAUCCAUCCUGGAAGUACCUGGAGGAGGUACAUACGCUGCUGCUGGAUGUCAAACAAGGCCUCCCGGGUGUGGAGGUCAGCCCCCAGGUGGAAGCAGUGUUGUCCCUCCUGAGUGCCCCAGGAAGCCUGAAGCUGGUGCGGCCCAAAGCUCUGCUGGACAACUGCUUGCGGGUCAUGGAUCUGUUGUACUGCUCUUGCUGUAAACAAAGCCCUGUCCUAAACUGGCAGGAUUGUGAGGUGCCAAGGCCUCAGCCUCACAGCCCGGAGCCCUCGUCACAGUGUGUGGCUGCCCAGCCAUACCCCCUGCGCCAGCAGCCCCCCGCCUCCCUGCCCCACCCCCCGGCAUCCACGGCUGGAGCCCCAGCUCAGUGAAGCUGCUGAGGGCACAGGGCGAAGGCCUCCUGCCCUGAGUGGCCUGCAUGGUAACUGGGUGGGGCAGCUGGAGGAGCUCCUGCAGGAGAUGGACUGGGCCUGAGGCUUCUCUGGGUGGUGGUGGGGAGCCCCUCUUGGGAGAGGAGAUCCUAGAGGGGUAUUUCUCCUUUGAGGGGGACUCAGUGCCUGAGAAGGGUUCAGCUUCCCGCCUUCCAUACCUCCCAUGGUCUCACCUGGAGCGGUGGGCGCUGGGGGGCACCUGAAGGUCAAUGAAGACAGAGCCUACGGCCCCUCCUGGCACUGCCUGGGCUGCCCCCUUCCCUGAGGGCAGGGCUGACCGUCUCCUAAGCCCAAAGAGGUGAGAGCUGUACCAGGUGGGCAUGGGGGUGGGGACAUGACUCGGCAAGGCCAGGGAGAGGGCAGCAAAGCUGGGGAGAGGGCAUAGCCAAAUGCCACAUCUUGCCACAGUUCCCUUUAUUUUUUCUAUUAAACACCUGCUUUGUUUUGGUUUGUUUUGGUUUGCUUUGCAUCUGCAAGGGUGAACCUGGAGAAGGCCCACCUGGAGAAGGCCGCUUUCCCCUCCUGCCAGGUGCAGGAGGCAGGAGGAGGGGCGUGGGCUGGUCUGGCUCUGGGGCCUCGGUCUGAGGAUUCAGAUGUGGAGUGGUCAGGGCCUUAGCCAGGGCCCUGGAAUGGUAGAUAUUUGCGGGAUAGAGUUCCUUCCAGCCCUGCCCCAGCCCCUGAAGCCUUAGCCAGCCUGACUGCGGGGGUGGAGGGGUUUAUCUCCCACAGUGCGUCCUGGCCACCGCCCUCUCCCCCUCCAUCUGGCAACCCCAAGACUGCCCCCAGCAGGGACAGAGCUGAG